UAGAUCUAAAAAAAAAAAGGAGCUACAAGGGCGGAAGAGGAGUUUUGAAGCUAAGAUAAAUAACUAGCUGUUUGUUUAAAAAAAAAGCUGUUUACAGUUUGUUUAUCGACAACUGGUCUUUAAAUAUAAAGGUUUUAAAAUGUGUAACGGCUGCGUGCAGAAAGAAUACCCGGACCGGGGGAACACUUGUCUGGAGAAUGGCUCCUACCUGAUGAACUAUGUGGGCUGUGCCAACUGCCAUCAGAGGGACUUUGUGCUGAUCAGCAAUAAAGCCACAGAGGAUGAUGAUGGAGAGGAGAUAGUCACAUAUGACCAUGUUUGUAAAAAUUGUGACCAUGUCAUCGCAAGGCAUGAAUACACAUUCUCUGUUGUUGAUGAGUAUCAGGAGUACACCAUGCUAUGCAUGCUGUGUGGAAAAGCAGAGGACUCCAUCAGUGUGUUACCCGAUGACCCCAGACAGUCUGCACCUCUCUUCUAAAUCUCAAACCUGCAGAUCAUGAAACACUUUUUAUAUCGAGUGUCACCACCGUGGACGUGCUGGAGCCUGCUUGCUUUCAGGGUUCCAGCCAUUUUUUAAACAUGCAUCCAAAAUGUUACGCACAUAUUUAACGUAUUUUAGAUUUUUGGCUCUUUGUGAACUACUGUAUGCUGAUAUCAGUUGAGUAACACAUAUAACUUUAUAUUACACUCUAUGACAACAACAAAUGUUAUGUAUGUCGAUUGAAAAAGUACUUUAAAUAAACAUUUUUAUACUGCUAAGAA